CGACGCUUUCGGCUCGCGCAGCGCGCGGCAGCGGAGCACUGCGCAGCGGGGCGGCAGCAGCCCGACGCGUCGCGUUGCGCGCCGCGGCGGCCGGGGCGGCGGCGGCCUCGCGGCCUGCGGGGGAGAGUGUGACCUGAUGAACGCCGUGCAGCGCUGGCUCUCAAAGAACAGCGAGCUCAUCGCUCAGGCGCAGGAGAUCAUCGGCACGCACUUCCAGAACCCGUACCUGUGCGAGCACACGGCGACGGGCCUCUGCGACGAGGUAUUCGCCGUCGUGCGGGGAUGUUUGAGCGGCGCUGGGGGCGGGGAGAGCGGGUCGGUGCUGAUCCUGGGCGACGCGGGCUCCGGCAAGAGCCACGCGGUGGAGAAGUGCCUGCAGAGGCUGCGAGAGGAGCAGGGCUCCGCCACGCCCGUGGUGCUGCGCGCGCACGGCGGCGCCUACGGCACCGACGCCGAGUGCAUGCGCCACCUGGCCUCGCAGGUGGCGCAGAAGGGCCUCGAGUUCCCCGACGGGAACGCGAGCUUCGAGCAGAGCCUGGAGUGGCUCUGCGCCGUCAUGAAGGAGAGCUUCAAGCAGGCGGGCGCCGCAAUCAUCGUCCUCGACAGGUUCGAGCACUUCUGCUCCCGGUCGCGGCAGACGCUGCUGUACAACCUCUUCGACGUCGCCCAGGAGGCCGACGUGCGCAUAUGCAUCGUGGGGAUGUCGGAGAAGGUGGACGUCACGAGCCUGCUUGAGAAGCGGAUCAAGUCGCGCUUCUCGAUGCGCCAGACGUUCGCGUUCACGCCCAAGACCUUCGAGGAGCUCGUCGCCGGCCUGCUGACCAGGCUCCGGCUGCCCCCCGCGUGCGGGCUGCGCCGGCCCUUCGUGGCCGAGUUCAACCGGCACGUGGAGGCGGCGCUGCACGCCCGCCGGCCGCAGUGGCAGCCCGAGGUCGACGUCGGGCGGCCGCUGUCGUGGUUCUUGUCGAAGUGCGUGCCCGUCGCAGCGCUGCUCUCUGAGCUCCAGGCGGACGGCACGCCCUCGGGGCUUCCCUCUGGAGCUCCGCCCGCCAAGCGGCCUCGGACGGUGAGGGGAUCGUUCACCGCUGCCGAUGCCAACGACAUGCUCCUGAGAUCGCUGUCCGAGAUUGACCACAUCAUCAUGAUAGCUCUGUUCCGCAUCCGCGACCGGAAUCUCGGCGCAACCCUGUCGCUGGUCCUGCACGAGGUAGAGCAGCUGCACCGGAACUGCAAGCUCGUGUUCCCCUUCGACGCGGACACCUACAGCUUUGCGUUCGAGAGGCUGCUGCAGAUGAAGCUGGUUGGCCUUCGCAGCCCCGGCAAGAUGGACGCGGGGAAGCGGCAUGUUCAGUGCGAGAGCCUCGUCCACAGCGUCUACUACGACUACGUCUCCGACCUGGAGCGGGCGGAGGGCACUCUGCAUUUCAAUCCUCUGCGCGGCCUCCCGGGGGAAGUCCAGCAGUGGGCCGCGCGGCAGCGGCAAGGGGGACCAGGGAGCUGA